AUGCCCACUCCCAUCUGGAGUCAGAUUAAGCAUAUCUGUGUGUCCCAUCGAACUUAUUUCUCCAUUGCAUCCAUGUCCAGUGCCCACCGCACCGCUGGUGGGGACCAGGGCAGGUGGAUCUAUUCGCAGGAUCCCUCCCGGGGAUCCCAGCGUCGCAAGUAUGACAAGGUACGCACGGUGCAGGCUUUCAGCGUCGGGUGCAGCAUGGAUUUCAUUCGAGACGGUCUCCGAGGAAAUGGGCUUCGCGCUCGUUUGGACGACGCUUUGAAUUGGUCUGAACUUGUCUCGGAUACGACGACGAGACACGGCGCUGCUCCUGAGCUGAUGUACUCCCGACGGAGUACAUGGAGGUACCUGCCAUACUGGAGAUGA